AUGGCUUCCACUGCCAACCGCGCCUCGCUCCACCAAUGGCUUCCCAAGUCCUCGGCCGUCACGGCAUUCAUGGUGGUGGGUGCAGCAUGCGUCACCUCGACGACCAAGGGCUAUGAUGGCUCCAUGAUGCAGUCGCUCAAUGAGCUGCCCAGCUACAGCGACUACUUUGUCCUGAACACGGCGACCAAGGCCCUCAACACCACCGCCGUCUGGCUGGGCGGCAUCGUCUCGGCCUUUGUGGCCGGACCGAUUGCCAACCGCUACGGCCGGCGGAGGUCGCUGCGAUGGGCUUCGCUGUUUACCAUCUUUGGCGCCAUCCUCCAGGCCGCCGCCCAGAACGUGCCCAUGUGGGUGGUCUCGCGCAUGUUCAUCGGCUUUGGCAUCACCUUUUCCAUGAUUGCCGCCACGGCCUACACCGCCGAGACGCUCCCCGUCAAGUGGCGCGGCUGGGGUGUCGGCCUGCUGGGCGACCUGUACUACGUCGGCGGCUUCCUCGCGGCCGGCAUCACCUACGGCACCUCCAAGAUGGACUCGACCUGGGCGUGGAGACUGCCCUCGGCGCUGCAGGCUCUCUUCAGCAUCCUGGCCCUGGGCUUCCUCUUUGUCGUCCCGGAAUCCCCACGCUGGCUCAUCAUGCAGGACCGCAACGAGGAGGCUCUCCAGGUCCUCGCGCUCAUGAACUCGGACGGCGACUCUGCCCACCCCGACACCCUGGCCGCCUACCAGGAGAUCAUGGACGCCAAGGAGUUUGAGCGCACCGAGGGACGGCAGGUCACCCUCAAGCACAUUGCCAAGACCCCCGACCUGCGCAUGCGGCUCAUCCUGGUCCUGUCGGCCUCUGUGUGCGCCAUGCUGUCCGGAAACAACGUCGUCAGCUUCUACCUCGGUGACAUGCUGACCAACGCGGGCAUCACGGAUUCCAACACGCAACUUGAAAUUACAAUCGUUUUGAACGCCUGGUGUCUCGUCGUGUCCAUCAUCGGCACUAGAAUGCUGGAUCAGUUUGGCCGCAAGAAGAUCGCAAUCAUCAGCAACUCUGGCAUGGUCGUCCUCCUCUUCGUCGUUGGUGCACUUACAGCCGUCUACGGAACCUCCGGGAACCUGUCGGGCAUCUACGGCACCGUCGCCAGCAUCUUCCUGUUCCAAGGCGUCUACAGCCUGGCCUGGACCCCUCUGAUCAUGCUCUACCCGCCCGAGAUCAUGAACUACAACAUGCGCGUCCUGGGCGUCGGCCUCAUGGAGCUCCUGGGCAACUGCUUCGGCCUGCUCAUCGUGUUUGCCUUCCCGUUCGCCUUUGCCGCCAUCGGCUGGAAGUUCUACAUGAUCAACGGCGCUUGGAACGUCCUCGAGGUCGCCUUUGUCGCGUACUUCUGGAUCGAGACCAAGGGCCUGUCCCUCGAGGAGAUUGACGACAAGUUUCUCGCCAUCUAUGGCAAGACGCGCACCCUGGAGGGCCUGGAGACGGACGAGAAGACGGGUACCGUUUCAAAGGUGCACCAGGUCCCCUCUGAGGAUGCUGCCCCGAAGCAGUGAGUCGUGCUCGUGACUGCGUAUUUGCUCGAAGGGGGACUAAGGGGGAAUGGCUUCGUAGCUGGCAGACGGUCUGAUUGGAGUUGAAUGGCACUGGGUUUCUAUCGUCUUCUGCAGCCACUCGCAGCUUUACUCAUUGCCAACUGGAAGCGAGCAGGAAAUAGAAGUUACAGAUCAUGCAAGAUUUUGUUGUA